AUGUUGACGUUCGAACCAAUCAGUCGAAUAGCUGUUGUCAAAUGUUUGGGACCACGUUUAGUUUUAUUCUUUAAAACAUUUGCUUUAUUCUAUGUUCUUUAUCCGAAAUAUGAGUCGACUGUGGGUUAUUGUGUUUUUAAAUGCGCACCUAUUUUAUCACUUGUUGCAUUUGUUUAUAUGUAUGGGGUUAAGAUACCAAACAAUCAAGCCUAUUCUUUAAAAAUUUUUCUUGGUCUUCUAUUCUCUUGUCUAGGCGAUGCAUUUUUGGUAUGGCCUAGUCUUCUUAUUCCCGGCAUGGCUAUGUUUGCUAUUACACAUAUAUUAUACAUUUACGCAUUUGGUUUUCAACGUUUAAAACUAUCUAUAUUGUUCAUUUUACUGCCAAUACUUCUCUGUGUAUGUGUUUCUAUAAAAGAAGGACUAGACGGUAUCAAUACAUUUGUUAUUCCAGCUUAUGGAUUAAUAUUAGUAAUUAUGGUAUGGCGUGCAUUAGCCCAAUUAACUAAACAUGAAUAUUCUAUACCAUGGACAUGUAUAGCUUCUGCCGUUGGUGGAUUACUAUUUGGUGUAUCUGAUACUAUAUUGGGAAUUUGUUUAUUCUCUAGUGAUAUAUCGUCAUUUAAAUGUAAUUUAAUUUUACCAACGUAUUAUGCUGGUCAGUUGUUGAUUUCUGUAUCUGUUGUUGAUAGCCAUUUAACAUCAAUAAAAACGAGUCCAUAUCAUGAAGAUAAAAAGCAGUAG